ACAUUCAUACAUACAUACAAACAUACAUCAGAAAGAGAGAUUCUUCUACACUUCCAACGCAGGGGCAGCGUAUUCCUCGUGAGCUCUCUCUUUCCCUCCUUCCUCCCUCUGUGCGUCUCUCUCUCUCUCUCUCUCUCUCUCUGGGUGUGUAUGUUUUAUAUAUACAGAGAGUGAGAGAGAGAGAGAGACUCGGUGUUUGUGCGGUUUUAGAGAGAUAAAGUUAUAGGAGAGCAGGGAUGAUGUGGGAGGGGGGAUCAGCUGCGUCAUCAUCCUCGGCCGCAGAAGCUGCUGCUGCGGCUGCGGCUGCUGCUGCUGGCGGUGGAGGAGGAGGAGGAGCGAGGAGGAAGCCGUCGUGGAGGGAGAGGGAGAACAACCGGAGGAGGGAGAGGCGCCGGAGGGCCAUCGCCGCCAAGAUAUACACCGGAUUGAGGGCUCAGGGCAACUACAACCUCCCCAAGCACUGCGACAACAACGAGGUCCUAAAAGCUCUCUGCCUUGAAGCCGGCUGGGUAGUCGAACCAGACGGCACCACCUACCGCAAGGGAUGCAAACCAUCUCCAGCUGAGAUUGGAGGCACUUCGAUCAACAUAACCCCUUGCUCUUCCCAAAGACCUAGUCCACCAUCUUCAUCCUUCCCAAGCCCAAUUCCAUCUUACCAACCCAGUCCGUCAUCCUCUUCCUUCCCGAGUCCAUCUCGUCUUGAUGGCAGCGCAUCUUCUCAGAUGUUUGCUUUUCUGCGUAAUGCCAUCCCAUCGUCUCUCCCUCCUCUCCGGAUCUCAAACAGUGCCCCUGUGACCCCUCCCCUGUCAUCUCCAACUUCUAGACUUCCCAAGCAAAAACCUAUUUGGGAGUCAUUUGCUAAAGAAUCUAUGGUCUCCUUGAACAAUCACCCUUUCUUUGCUGCUUCUGCCCCAGCAAGCCCUACUCGAUGUCAGCGUUUCACUCCGGCUACCAUACCCGAAUGUGAUGAGUCUGAUGCCUCUACUGUCGAUUCGGGUCAAUGGAUGAGCUUCCGUACUUUUGCUCCAGCUUUGGUCCCAACCUCGCCAACCUUCAAUCUUGUGAGACCUGUGGCUCAGCAAGCAUCUCCUAAUGAUGCAAUGAUGGCAAAGGGCAAGGGCCCGGAAUUUGAGUUUGAGAACAUCCUGGUGAAGCCGUGGGAAGGGGAGAGCAUUCACGAGGUGGGAUUGGACGAUCUGGAGCUUACCCUUGGAAGUGGUAAGACUCGAAAUUAGGCUGCUAGAAGCUGCAUAUUGCGUGAGCCAAAACAAAAUUUGAGCUUGUUGUCCUGGUUUGAAAUGCUUCCAAUAUGUGGAACUCUCCAGUGGUGCAAUCAUGGACUACAACCUACCGUCAGUGCUUGAAGGCUGCUUGCCCAAGUGCAGUUCUCGAAUGAAGCUUGGUUCUUGGGAAGAACUGCAUUUUCAUGUGUUAUUUUUUCCCCCUCAUUUAACAUUUUCCCUUUAUCAUUUAGUGAUUACAUAACCCUGUUUAGUUGGUUUGGUUGGAUGGUUUUCUCAAAUAUUACAUGUAGAUAUUGUGAGCUCCUCCCCAUUCAUCAGGGAGUAGUAGUUCUUGGUUUUUCUCUGUGUAGAGACUUAUGGGGAAAAGUAUCUUGGUGAUAGAUAAUUGAAUUUAUCUUGUUGGUGGUGAAA